CACUUGAGUUCCAUCACUUUCCAAACGCUUUCAAAUUUGAAAUGUGGAACCCUAUAACGGUGAACAUAAUCUCCGAUGACGAAACAACCCCACGCCCAUUACAAUCCAAGAAGCAAAGAACCAACUUUAAUUCAAACCCUGCAACCGUUUUCAUAAUCGAUGACGAACCCACUCCUGCCAAAUCCACCACUACGAGGUCCACCCCAUCUGUUGUACCCGAAACCCCGUCAGUUGUACCAGAGACACCAAUGGUCAGAUGCAGUAAUUCUGUGUCCGAUCCUCAACUCAAAUUUUCUUCAUCGCCCGGACCAAAGUCCUCUGCUGGACCCGAGACGCCGUCAGUUGUACCGGAGACGCCCAUGGUGGAAUCAUAUGUUCCAUUGGUCAGAUGCAAUAACUCGGUGUCGGAUCCCCAACUCAAAUUUUCUUCAUCACCCGGCCCUAAGCCCUCGGGAUUAAUAUGUUUGGAAUCUGACGAGGAGUCAGAAGGGUCCGGAAGCUGUCCUGGAAGACCACACCAGUCGAAACCAGUUACUCUAGAAGUGGAAAAUGGUUUUGCUAAGCCUUCAACAUGUGCAGAAUCCUUAAUAUUACGGGACAGCUCUUCCUCCCCACCUAUAGUACAAGAUCAUCUUCCGCAGGUUUCUGAUCAUUCUGAAGAAGAUGAUAUUAUGGAUCUGACAAGUGAAAGUAUUCCGGCUUUCGAUGAUUUCGGAAACGAUGAUAUUAUUCUGCCCCUGGCAAGUAAAAACAAUAGUACGAAAGAUAAAACUACGGGUCUUGCAAAUAAGAAAAAAAAUGCUGGUGCAAGAAACACGAAAGAAGAAAAAGCUCGUUUGAUGAACGAGAGGAAACAACAAAAGGAGCAAGAAAAAUUGGAGAAAAUAGCUCUAAAGGCACAAGCUGCAGAGAUGAAGAAGAUGCAGAAAGAAAUCGAAAGAUGGGAAAAGGGGAAGUUCGCUCAACAAUCCAUCGUGGCAAAAAUCGAUACUAAAGUAGUAGAACAGGGAUCAAUUGGAGGACAACUGCUUACAAGGUUGGCUGAAAAAGGUAUCGCCUUUCAAAUUACUUCAAAUCCCGUUGAAAGAUCAAUUAUUUGGACCAUGUCUGUUCCAGAAAACAUAGCCCAGGGGUUGACUCGUGGGACCCAUAUCCCGUAUGUGUUACUUGUUUUUGAGGCAGAGGAGUUUUGCCACCUUGCUGUAGAUGAUGAUGGAUGCCAUUUGAUGGAUCAUGUCUCUCGUGUUCAAUCCAUAUAUCCAUCUCAUACACUUUGCUACCUCACUAAUAGGCUUCUUGCCUACAUCAACAAGAGAGAACAAGAGCAUUACAAAAACCCCGCGAAUAAUAGUGGGUGGAGUCGUCCGCCAGUGGAAAAGCUGCUGUCAAAAUUUACUACACAUUUUGUUGGAGUACAUUCAAGAUUAUGCAUGGAUGAAUCUGAAUUAGCAGAACAUGUCGUAGGUCUGACAUGCAGCCUCGCCUCAUGCCAGUUCAGAAAGAAGCUUACUCGGCUAUCUGUCAACGCUAAUGGUUCCCUUAUCUCCAAAGAUGCUACUGACCGAGCUCUAAUAAAAAAGAGCACUUGGUUAAAAGCACUAGUAGCCAUUCCAAAGGUACAACCUCGAUUUGCUGUAGCAAUAUGGAAGAAGUAUCCAACCAUGAAGUCGCUCUUGAGUGUCUACAUGGAUCCAACCAGAUCAGAACGCGAGAAAGAACUUUUACUUGCGAAUUUGAUAACAGAAGGGUUAGUUGGAGAUAACAGAAGAUUAGGAGAGAUUUGCUCAAAGAGAGUGUACAGGAUAUUAAUGGCACAAAGUGGAAGCACCAAAACUGAUGAUGUCGAAAAUGGUGCUGAUUUCUUCAUCCAACAAUCGUCAUAAAAUUCAUAUGUUGUAGUAAUGUUUUGAGUUUGUGAUGUUGCUGGUUCAAUCUAUCGUUGUUUGGCAAUGUUGUUGGUUUUGAUUUAAUCAGGUAGUCAGAUUCAAGUUCAUAUUCA